AUGGCUCUGACAGCUCGCGACUCGGAGGAGCGUGCUCUCGCAAUGGCCAUGGUAAUCAUGGGAGCGAAUACUGCCGGUAUCUACGGUGCGCAGAUCUUCCGGGGCGAUGACAGCCCACGUUAUCGCAGAGGUUUUAGUAUCAAUAUCGCCGUCCUCGCUCUGGCUGUUGGUCUGGCUACGAUACGAUAUCUAGACGACAUAUUCCGAAGACGACGUUUAAGCAAAGCGAGUGACUUGCCCAUCCGCGGAGGGAACUUAGAGGAGCUGGACGCAGGAUCCUCUAGUGUCGGACGAGUAGCUAAGGAAGGGGUGGAUGCGGCUAAGACGGGGCAUACCAAAGGGGCCUAA